CAAGGGGUGUAGCGCAUCUCUCGGAUUCUACCAUAUCUACCACAUCGUCGCUGUCGCAGCCUAUGGAACACGCGAUCAAGUGAAGUGGUUACGUUUUGUGAUGCAGGCACCUACGCAUCGCCAAGCGGUGGGACUUUUUAGGCUAUUUACGCAACCUUGAAUAGCCGACCCCCUGCUCUGGGCAGAUGAUGAGACAUAUUUGUGGUGAAAGUCAGGGCUGUCAUAACGGAUAUCGGGAAGCUGGGAGUUGAUUAAAACUGUGGACAUAAUCAUUUUACCUCACCAAGAAACCUCCUCCGCAGCCAAAGUGUCAACCCUACAUCCUGCUCACUGAAGCUCUAUUCCAAGAGAGUGAUGUGGACUUUGUUUGGUACUAUUCAUCAUUUAAAACUGACUGCAGAAGUAGCAGUCCUCCCUGAUCACUAGACCUGAUUUGACCGUUAAUAGUUUAGCUCAGCCAGCCAGCCCGAUUCCUUCUCCCUGUGUCUGAUUCAGAGAGGAGCACUGCCCGGCCUCUUCUCCCCACCACCUCCCCUCACGUUGUUGCAGGAGCUGAGUCUCUGCUGCCCAGGGAGGGCUCCCGACAUGUCCACCAAGGCGCCCAUCUAUCUGAAGCGGCGGAGCAGGAAGGGGAAGAAGGAGAAGCUGCGGGACAUCCUUUCAUCUGACAUGAUCAGUCCUCCGCUGGGGGACUUCCGCCACACCAUCCAUAUCGGCAGCGGCGGGGGGGACGACGACCUGUUUGGGGACCUGUCCUUCCUGCAGGGGAAGUUCCACCUUCUCCCUGGGCAGCAGGGCCACAACCUGUCUCAGUGCUCCUCCAUGUACGCAGAGCCCUUCCAGUUCAGCCGUACUGCCAGCGACAGCGGACACACACCCUCCUCAGAGAGCUCCCCCCUGCUGAAGAACGCCCUCUCGCUGCCCGUCAUCGAAGGGGUGCAGGCCAUCACCCUACCAGUCACCUCUGCACCCUCCUCCGCCCGCCCCCAUCUGCCUCAGAACGCGCCCCCUCCCCCCAAGCCUCCCCGACUGCACCUGGAUGAUGAGAUCCUGACGCCCCGUCACCCAGGCCUGGACUCGUCUUCUCCUUCAGCACAGGCUCCCAGCAAGACGUUCCAGUUCUGCCCGCCCUCCCCCAGGUUGUCAUCAGGCGAGGAUGUGUGUAUCCAGGACCCUUAUCUGGAUGAUGGGGGCCAGGAGCGCCCCUACCUGUCCCAUGCAGGCUCCCUGCUCUCCCUGCACCUGGACCUGGGCCCCUCCAUCCUGGACGACGUGCUGCAGAUUAUGGAUAGCCAGCGCCUCAGUGGCCUCAACGGAACCUGUCUGCAGGGAGGGCGGCAGGAGCUCUACACCUGACCAUGAGAAGCUCUCGGCCCUCUGUCCUCUUACUGACCUCCUUAGUGUAUAAGAGGAGGUUCUGACCUCAACCAAGCCUUGCUGGAUUACAGGGCUGGAUUUGUACAGUAGUACGCUCAUAUAUAGUGCUUUUUUCUGGAACUUAACUUCAGUUGCUGUUAGUGUUUUAAAUUGAUGUUGAAUAUCUUUCUACACUUUUCCAUGUGAAUUACUUAAUUUAGUAAGUACGAAAUGAAGUGACAAUGAGCCAAAAGCUGACACUGUUAAAUCUCCUCUACCCUUCCUCCAAAGAGGAUAUGAAGAAUCCGGUGAAAGAAUAUACUGCUGGUCAGGAACUGAGGUCAGCAUGUAUCUGACUGGGAUCAUAUUUGUCAGUGGGAGUGAAAUGGUAUUGUAAAACCUGAAGGUCACAGUUUGAACUGCACCUGAGCUGUAGACUACUGUCCGUGCUCCUGAGAUCACAGUUUGAACUGCACCUGAGCUGUAGACUACUGUCCGUGCUCCUGAGAUCACAGUUUGAACUGCACCUGAGCUGUAGACUACUGUCCGUGCUCCUGAGAUCACAGUUUGAACUGCACCUGAGCUGUAGACUACUGCCCGUGCUCCUGAGAUCACAGUUUGAACUGCACCUGAGCUGUAGACUACUGCCCGUGCUCCUGAGAUCACAGUUUGAACUGCACCUGAGCUGUAGACUACUGUCCGUGCUCCUGAGAUCACAGUUUGAACUGCACCUGAGCUGUAGACUACUGUCCGUGCUCCUGAGAUCACAGUUUGAACUGCAAGUAGCGCAAAAUUUCAGUCACUGAUUAACAUUUGCCCUUGUAUUUCAAGAUAGAAAAAUAUAAUAACAUAAUGUUGUGGACCGAGCUAACCAUUAACAUCCCUUAACGCUCAAAGACAGAUUGAAUGGCUGUAGCAUAGCGUAUUCUACUGAAUGAUUAGCUAAGAUCACAGUUUGGUGUCUGUCACACAGAUUUAUCCAGCUUACAAAACUAUUCUGGAACUGACAUUCUAUUCAUGGUUGGAUAUAUAUAUUAUCAAAGACACUCUUAUUGAAAGAUGAACUGUACUACAGGGAGGGUGUCUGCCGAGUGGCGCAGCGGUCUAAGGCACUGCAUCUCAGUGCAAGAGGCAUCACUACAGACCCUGGUUCGAUUCCAGGUUGUAUCACAACCGGCCGUGAUUGGGAGUCCCAUAAAGGUUACAUUCAUUUAAUUUUUUUAUGUCUGCAAGGACAAAGAUCCAGAGUGGUAGAGAAGGUCACCUCCCUGAGUCAGAUGUGUCAUUUUCCAGCUUUUGUUAUUUUUGAUGCAAGAAUAUGAAAGCUGUAACUUUGUAUCAGGAGAGACAAUGAGUGUUAGAGAGCUCAGUUCCACAUCUUUUGACUUUUCAGCAGAUCUACAGAUAGCCGCUUAAACUGGCCCUCAUGCUCUGGUAAUUGAGAUGUUGGACACGUUUGGAGAUUAUCUCACCGCUGUAGCCCUCCAAGUGCUUGUGUGCUCUGUACCAACACAGAGAAGUUCCGAAUCAGACUUUUACCAAUGUUAUUUGGAAUUCUUGUUACAA